CCCCUGUUCAUCCCGCUGCACAGCCGUUGGGCAUGCUCCCAGUGCCCGUGCAGGAAGAACGCGGCCAACACCACGGCGCGUCGCCACUGUGGAGCCCCGCGUGCGGACCCAGGACAGCAAGUUCGACUUCCGCAAGGGGCGUGGCCCAACCCACAGGCAUCUCAAGGUGCUGGUGGUGUGCAUCGUCCUGCUCCCCCUGGUCUUCAGCCUCCUGGUCAGGCCACCCAGGCUGACAUCAAAGACCAGGAGGAGUCCGAGAUCGAGCCCCUCAUCAGCAUGCUCAAGAGGUCGGGGAACACUAAGUCUGCCGACAGCUAUCAGAGAGCCCUCGCCUACAAGAGUGCCGCGAACAAGCAGCAGCCGAUGCAGCAGCAUAUCAACAAGGCGUUCAACUCUCUGCGGGCUUCAGAGGACUGCCUGGCUAAGGCAGUAUCUAAGUUCGUGGAGAUGCAGGCAGCAGUGGAAGAACAGCGAGCCAGAGUUGGGCGCCUUCAGUCUGAAUGUCAGCAAGCUGAGGAUCUCCAUAAACAGUUGGUCGAUCAGUUACACGCACAGGUUAAGUCUUCAGAUGAGCCAAGUCCUGCCAGAUUUUCCCCAUGGUCAGUUCGGUUUGUUCUCGUUGGUACCG